AUGAGCUUCGUCGUCAAUACCGCGGUCCGUAAACUUAUGGUGACUGCAAUGGUCAACGCGACCGAUCGUCAUAAAGCACACGUACCUUGCCGAGCUCUCAUCGACACAUGCUCUACCGCUAACUUCGUCACCGAAGACUUCGCUGCUACGUUACGAUUACCACGAAAACGAUGCAACCUAUCGGUCGGGACCCUUAACGGCCUUGCCACACAGAGCCAAGGACGUGUCACGAUCAUGAUAAGUUCACGUUACAACAAUUACAGCAGGACAUUGGAUUUCCUUACUGUAUCCCGCAUUGCGUCACUCGUGCCUGAUACACAAAUCGAGCGGGAAUUAAUACCAAUCCCUCCAAAUAUCAAUCUGGCCGAUCCCGGCUUUCAUAAACCGGCACCCGUUCAAAUGCUCAUUAGCGCAGGGCCGGCAUUAACUCUCCUGUCAAUCGGGCAGAUCAAUUUAUCCUCACCUGGCGGGCCAGAUCUUCACUUACAAAAAACGCAACUUGGAUGGGUCAUUGGGGGUAAUGUGGCUCCUGCCAUUAAACCUCAACCGGAUUUUAGAUGUUAUCUAUCCGAAAUUCCACCAGACAUCUCUGCGUUUUGGGAAAUCGACGAAGGUCCUUCCAACGAACAUUUAUCUAAGGAGGAACAAGCCUGCGAAGAUCAUUUCUCGGCCACUGUGAGCCGAAACGAGGAAGGCCGAUACAUCGUCGCAUUGCCGUUUAAGGCCAAUAACAAGCUUCUCGGGAAGUCACGCGAAAUCGCUCUAAAACGUUUCUAUAGUUUAGAACGAACAUUCAAGAACAACCCAGAAUUGCGCAAAAAUUACGCCGCGAUCAUUCGCGAGUAUUUAAACUUGGGGUUCCUGUCAAGGGUUUAUGAUGCCCGGGAAGAAGGGUUUUACCUGCCCCACCACGCAGUCGUCAAGGCAACAAGCCUUACGACAAAAACUCGAAUCGUCUUCGAUGGAUCAGCUGCGUCCACUACGGGUGUCUCUCUUAACCAGACAUUAAUGGUUGGCCCGACAAUCCAAGCUGAUCUUUUUACAAUCUUAUUGCGCUUUCGGACCCACAACUAUGUAUUGACAGGUGAUAUUGAAAAGAUGUACCUUCAAGUACAAGUGCGGCCCGAAGACCGUAAAUAUCAAAGAAUUCUGUGGCGUGACGAGCAAGGUCAAAUAAACACUUAUGAGCUGAACACAGUCACCUUUGGCCUAUCAGCCUCUCCGUUUCUGGCCAUACGAAGCUUGCAUCAACUCGCAAUGGACGAAGCGGAACAAUUUCCCUUGGCAGCAGACAUCCUCCGACGGGACUUAUACGUCGACGACCUGCUCAAGGGAGCUCCGACCCUCGAAGAAGCGACCAGAAUUAGAGACGAAAUUAUUGCUCUAUUGCAUCGAGGCAAAUUCAACUUGCGACAGUGCGCGUCCAAUUCGACUGAACUCUUGUGCGGUCUGACGGAUCAGUCGAUCAAUUUACAACUACAAUCCAGCGAUGACAAAACAUUGAAGACUUUAGGUAUUUAUUGGAACUCACAGCAAGACGCCAUCAUUUACACUGUGAAGAAAAUGGCGAUUCCAAAUAAGACUACAAAAAGAAUUAUUCUUUCCGAAGUCGCGAAAAUCUUCGAUCCUCUGGGACUGCUCCAACCUGUCAUUGUUACGGCUAAACUUAUCAUGCAGCAAUUAUGGAAACUGGAGCUGGCUUGGGAUGAAACGCUACCCGCCAAUAUUCACACUGCAUGGGUCGAUUUCUCGUCACAUCUUUCCGAGUUACACAACCUGACAUUCAGGCGGAAAAUAUUAUCCAGCAAUUCCGAACAAAUACAACUCCAUGGCUUUUGCGAUGCUAGCGAAAAGGCAUAUGGAGCUUGUAUAUAUUUGCGAUCAACAAACUCUUCAGGAGAAGUGUACUCUCAACUUGUCUGCGCGAAAUCAAGAGUCGCUCCAAUGAAAAAGGUACAAACGAUACCCCGUCUCGAACUUUGCGCGGCUAAGCUGCUAACAACCCUCUAUAAAACCGUUAUGGAGGCGCUCAAUGUACGAAUGGAUCGGUCGAUAUUCUGGACUGAUUCUACGAUUGUACAGCACUGGAUCAAUACAUCCCCCCAUAAAUUGAAAACAUUUGUCGCGAAUCGAAUUGCCGAAAUACGACAAGCUACAAAUCCGGACGAUUGGAGACACGUGCGAUCGCACGAGAACCCUGCCGAUCAAUUAUCCAGGGGUCAAUCGCCGGAAGAAUUUUUACGAAACAAUCUCUGGAGAACGGGUCCAUCCUGGUUAAAGGAAGAAGAAAGCACAUGGCCGAACUUCAAGAUUCAAAUUCCAACACUGGACGAGGAAAUGAGAAAGGACUCGUGCUUCACCGUUGCUGUCAACAACCACGAAAUUCUCGAGCGAUAUUCUUCGAUUGGCAAGUUACGACGGAUACUAUCGUAUUGUUUACGAAUGAAAAAGGAUAAUCAAUUUAAGGGCAUUCCUACCGUUCAAGAGAUCCGACAAACUAAUCAACGGAUAAUCAAAUUGGUUCAAUCUAGCAGCUUCAUGCAAGAAAUCCACGAUCUACAGAACGGAAAACCCCUCAACUCGAAAAGUCGGUUGCUAUCACUCAGUCCAUUCCUCGACGAAGCCGGAAUUUUACGUGUCGGAGGAAGACUGCGACACGCAGACAUAUCACACAAUCAACGUCAUCCUAUUUUACUUCCAAAGUAG